UCUUGAGAGUAGCCAUUGCCCGUCUCUCACUCAAAAUCAGGAAAAAGCUAUGGGCUUUGUAAUGGGAAGUUCUUGGUUGUUGCACUCUCCCCUCUUCUCUCCUUUUGCUUCUUCUUGUCCUUCACCAUUCUCUUCUCAAUCUGUUUUCCUCUAUUCUUGCACAAGAAAUGCAGAAACCAAGAGAAAGAGCAGGACAGCCAUGGCGUGUAUGCACCAUGAGAACCCAAACGACAGAGUUUUCUGCAGAAGGAAAGCGAUUCUGCUUGUGGGUAUUUCAGUUCUUCCCUUUCUGCAAUUAAAGGCUAAAGCUUUUGAAGGCCUGACACCGGAUGAUUUAGGGGUGUUCGUAGUUUUUAGAGGCUCAAGGCGCACUAAGGCGCCUAUGGUCUUUUGGAGCCUAAGUGCAAGGCGCAAAUUAAGGCGCAAGCUUGAUCGAAAAGCACCUAAAGUAAGGAUACCAGAGGACAACCAAAAGGCAGAGAAAGCACAUCAAGAAGAUUCAUCACCAAAUCCAUUCCUUUCUCUUUUUAGUGCACUUGGAAUAUUCAGUUCUGGGGUGUUAGGUGCACUCUAUGCAUUGACUCGGAAGGAAAAGAUAGCUACUAAAGCGGCGAUGGAAUCUAUAAAGACCAAAUUAAAGGAAAAGGAAGCUGAGAUUAUUUCACUGGAGAAGAACUUUGAAUCAAAGUUAUUGAAUGAACAGGAGGAACGUAACAAGCUACUUAGGAAAGCAAGGGAAGAACAGCAGUCUUUGAUGAACCAAUUAAAGUCAGCAAAUAGUACAAUAACAGGCCUAGGACAAGAACUGCAGAGAGAGAAAAGAUUGAUUGAAGAUCUUAAAAUCCAAAUAGAUGGUCUUGAAAGUAACCUCUCAGAGGCUGCAGAAGAUAAGAAGGAACUUGAAGUAAAACUGAAGGAGAAGCUUGACACAAUAGGGUUCUUGGAAGAAAAGAUUAACUUGCUCAGUUUGGAGAUCAGGGACAAGGAAGACAAUGUUCAUAAACUCAGCUCUGCACUUGUUGAUAAAGAAUCAGAGUUUGAGAAGUUGAAAAUCACCUAUGAGCAGAUUAAGGAUGAACUAGAGGGAACAAAGUCAGAAAUCAAAGGGCUAAAAAUUGAACUACUUAAAAAUGAAAAAGAACUAGAAUUGAAGAAUGCUGCUGUCGAUGAUUUAAAUAUGCAAGUUAGUUCUUUAAUUGUAGAGAGAGAUGACUGUAACAAGAAACUUGAUGUCAUUCAAAAGGAAUACAGCAAUCUGAAGAUCUCUUCAGAAAAUAAGGCAGCUUUGGUUGCUAAGCUCUUGGGAGAAAGAGAACACGAACUUCAACAGCUUAAAGAACAGCUUCAACUUACUUUGAAGGAGUUGAGCACAAACCAAGCAGUGGUUGCUGAUUUGUCCCAAGAAAGGGAUGAUCUGAGGAAAAGGAUGGAUAUUGAACUGAACAAUGUGAAGAAUCUGAAACAUGAGCUCGAAGUUACACAGGAUACUCUUGGGAAAUCAAGAAAUGAGGUUUCUGAUGUAAAAAAGCAACUACAGCAGUCCAGAAAUUUAUGCUCAGAACUCAAGUCUGAAGUUACUAAGGUCCGGGCAGAGUUUGCAGAAGCUAAGAAUGUACUACAGAGGAGGCUUGAUGAGGCAAAAGAAAAAGGUAAAGAGCUAGCAGGCCAACUAGCAUCAACAAUGGAGGUUUUGAAGAAUACAAAAAAUGAGCUGCAAACUGUGUCCCAUGAGUUGGCAGCUGCUGCAGAAAAUCGUGAUAGCUUACAGAAGGAAUUGGUUGAUGUCCAUAAGAAAGCAGAACAUGCAUCCCACGAUUUAAAAGAAGAAAAAAAGGUUGUUUCUUCCUUGAACAAAGAGUUAGAAGUUAUGGAGGAUCAAAUUUUGAAAGACAAGGAGUCACGAAAAACCCUUGAAAUAGAUUUAGAAGAUGCUAUCAAAUCACUGGAUGAGAUGAACCGAAGUGCAUUGAUACUUACAAGGGAUCUUGAGGUGGCUAAUUCUCAGAUUUCUAGGCUUGAAGAAGAGAAAGAAGUACUUCAUAGGACCCUUGCUGACCAAAAACAAGCUUCUCAAGAGGCCCGAGAAAGCAUGGAAGAUGCACAUGACCUUGUGAUGAGGCUCGGUAAGGAAAGAGGAAAUUUGGAGAAGAGAGCAAAGAAACUGGAGGAGGAAUUGGCAUCUGCAAAAGGUGAAAUUUUGCGGCUUAGGAGUCAAAGAAAUUCAUCAAAAGCAACAGUAAAUGAUGUGCAUCAAGGGAAAGAAAGAAAUUCAUCAAAAGGAAUUGUAAAUGAUAAGCAUCAGGGGAAAGGUCAAUCUCAAGGGAAUGCUGCAGUUACUGUGAAGAAAACUAGGAGGAGAAAAAGUGGCCCUCAACAAGAAAAAUCUUUAUAGACUCUCUAAAUUUCUAUAGAUUUACCCUUGUAGAAUUCAUUUGUUUAUUGUUCUUGCUCUUUGAUCUUUGCUGACUUAUUUUUCACCAUAGUAAUGGUGGUGUUGUAUAAAAGUGACAGAGAGAAAUGGGAAAAUUAAGGAAGUGGUUUUGUAUUA